GGACAUUGUCAUGCUGGUGUGAAAGCAUUCGUCUCGUGACAUGGAAACAAAUGUUCCUCAUAGCUAACCAGAAUAUCAGCACAGAAGGUCAGCACCCACACGCAGCCGCCUCAACAUUGGCCUGUGAAGCCCCCACCCCAACUGUUGCUGCCGCCGGUCUUCUUAUAAACUGGUUGAGCGGUGUGCAGCAGCGGACCGAGUGAUACAGCAGCCAGUGCUGGCGGUACCGACUAUUGGCCAACCAGGGCUUCAGCAGGCCGUUCCAGUGCAGAAUGCGGCCCCUGUUGGUUGGUUGGUUGGCCAGACAUGACAUGCAGUGGGGCUCGGCGUUCUGUGGGUGUGGUGUGGUUCCUGAACUGACUGACCUUGACAGUGUGUCUUGUGAGGGCGGGUCCGCAGCGUCGUAGCCCAGCUUGAGAACGUUCCACUCUGGGUCGAGGAUGGCCAUGACUCUGUUGCGGAAGAGGAUAUUCAUGGGCAGCUGGCUGGACUCGGCCGUCGACAUGCCGCGAAAGGAGGUGAUGUUCAGACUCCGGAGGAGACCUAUCAGUCCCUGCAGGCAUCGUCAGCAGCAGCGGCAGCGGCACACCGGUUCUUGAUCUCUCUCUCUCUCUCUCUCUCUUUCUCUGUGUGUGUGUGUGUGUGUGUGUCUCGCUCCGUGUUGUGUGCAUGGUGCAAACCUCUGCCUCGUCGGUGAGUCUGUCUCUCCUCCACAUGGUGAGGUUGAGCACCAGCACUCCCGCGUUGAACAUCUGCAGGUCCCUCGCCACAGUGAGGCGCGAACGAAGCACCCGGUACGCAUCCAACCCUAUUGCCGCGCUGAUGUCGUAGUUGAGCCUGGUGAAGGAGCGCGGGACGGCUGCAAGGCCGGCCUCUCUGCCGGCAGCUCGCCGAAAGGCCCCGAAAAAAAGAUCAGAAACGUCACCCUGGUCGGCAAGAGAAAGGGAGGGAGUAAGGCGUAAGAUGCAUGGCAUGGUGCAAGGGGUGUGGUGUGGGCGGUCACCUACCUGUAUUAUGGUAUCUGGGUCGAUCCAGAUGACUCGCUCGAUUGACCCGGGCAGAAAGCGAGCCAGGUAGAAACGGACGAAGUUGAACACGACCUGGUCCCCAUGGCCGCCUUGAGCUACUGUGAUGUUGUCACUGGAGACACCAUGCAGCACCACCCUCCGGCUCCACUGACGGCCGGCUCCCUCUUCCUCAGCACUAAACACGCCAACGCCCUUUCUCGCGCCAUCCGCGCACUUCAUUAGCCUCUUGAGGCAGUCUAUGUCUCCUUUUGCAGCAAACACAUGCACCUCGACCUACACACACAGAGAGGAGAGACAUGUAUGAUCCUAUAAGUGGCGUAUGGGGACGUACCGUACCUCAUUGUGCACUUUCAGGUUCCUCCAGAGAGAUCGCAGCAAAGCCAGCAGCCCGGCGUACUGCUGCCGAUCUGUGGCGGUGGCCAGGUAGACAGUCCCACCUCGGUCGCGGCUGUCCUGCUAGGAGAAUGGAAGCCCACUGCCUAGCCAGGGUUAUUCUGUGUGUGUGUGUGAUUUAUGGGUGCGUGUGAGGCGUCGCUGGGGCUGGAGCCGCCGAUGGAAUGGGACCGUCUGAUGCCGUUGAGGCAGGCAGCCUAAUACCAAAUUAAUACCACUUGAUUGAACCGCCCAUUCGCACAAGCAAGACGAAAGUCCACGCAUGCAGGCAGGCAUACAUACAACACGGCAGCUGAUGCCGCUGGUCUGUCUGUGUGUGUCUUUGUUGUUGGGUCGAGUGUGUAUUUGUUGUUGGGUCGAGUGUGUCUUUGUUGUUGGGUUGAGCGAUCCACCGUGGUGUUGCGUGCGCGUGUGCGGCUCGGACUUGGACCGGUUACUCGUGAAACUCAUACAUCUUCUCCUGAUAUGCACACACACAUUUCAAUCGCCUUCACACCACAAAUCUCACCUUCUCACGUCUGCCUGCGAUCGCGUGGUUCAUCGCCCUCUCGAUGCUGUUGCCGUGAUCACUGGGCUUGACGGGGACCUCCUGCCGCUGGCCGUUCUGAUGCCACCUUACUAGCCAAACCUUGUCGCGUUUGUGCCAGAGCACCCCAGGGGUGUGACACACUGGAUCUCCCUCCUGCGUCGCCCGCCGCGCGCCAGGCCUGCCUCCGUGUUGUGGAUCUUGCUUGCGGUGUUUGAGCUCAAGCUCUCGCGUGUAGUUCUCGGCAGCUUCCUGAACCAAAUGCACACAUCUGCGUCCGCGCCUUUCUCCCCACUCCCUCACGCUAACCCUGGCCCCCUGCUCCCCGAGCAGCUUGAUGCUGAAGGACUUGCCGCCUGCGGGUCGCUUGCCGUUGACCCGGGGCGGCUUCGCCUCCCAUGCGUGGUUACCGACAUGGUAGCUGCAGUUGGGCACCUGCGAUUGGCGUGCUGCCACCUUGAUGGUGGUUUUGCCCUCGCUGGGCCCGGCUGCCGCCUCCCACGUGGGCUCGCUGGCAUACUGCGGAUUGCCGGCGGGUCGUUUAUCCUCCUCGGUCCGCUCGUACGGCAACUCUAACACAUCCAUCAAACCGACGAGGGCAGACAUGUAUCUCGAUGAUGUCACUGCACCAUCCUGCCUGCUGACCUGUCUUGUGCUCCUGCUUGGCCUUUUUGGUGAGUUUGGCGAGGUAGUUGUCGAUGCCUGCGCGCCUCUUGACGCGCGCGGCGACGCUCGUGUCGAACUUGUCACCAUCACCCACGCCACCGCCCUCACCUGCACACACACAUCCACUGUCAGACAU